GAGAAAUGAAAAGCCGACCAGAAUGUGUGAAUAUGAGGACUAAAGUUACAAUUCUACAUGUGUCUGGGUCAAUUAAGUGAAUAUUCUUCACGGUUAGUAGAACUUGUAUUAGUACUUCCGGUCGAGUUCACGUGUGAUUGUGAAACUGCGCAACUGAACCUUCUUAAGCUUAGAACUUCUGGGAUUGCACCGGUACCACUGAAUCAGUAAAUUGAUCAAACUAAAAAUGGCUCAGCUUCCUCAAAUAGCCAUUCUUGGAAGUGGGAUCUUUGUUAAAACUCAAUACAUUCCAAGAUUAGCCGAGAUUUCUGAUCUCUUUGUCCUCAAAGCUAUUUGGAGCCGCUCCGAGGAAUCAGCUAGAAGUGCCGUUGAGGCAGCUAAAAAGUUUUUCCCGGAAGUGGAAUGCAAAUGGGGUGAUGCCGGCCUUGAUGAGAUUAUCAGAGACACUUCCAUCAUUUGGGUUGCCGUGGUUCUUGCCGGGCAGAUUCAGGUGGAUAUGUCAUUGAGGCUGUUGAAAGCAGGAAAGCAUGUCCUGCAAGAGAAACCAGCUGCUGCUUGUGUUGGUGAGGCAGAAACAGGUCUCUCAUCUUAUCAUGCUUUUGGUGCCGACUUGCCAUUUCGACCAAUUUGGGCAGUUGCUGAAAAUUAUCGAUUUGAACCUGCAUUUGUGGAGGGCAGAAAACUAAUGACUGAAGUUGGAGAUAUUAUGAAUAUUCAAGUUAUUGUUGAAGGAUCAAUGAAUAGCUCGAAUCCGUACUUCUCAAAUGCUUGGAGGCGUAACUUGACUGGGGGGUUUAUUCUUGAUAUGGGGGUGCAUUAUAUUGCCGGAUUGAGAAUGCUUGUUGGAAGUGAGGUAACUUCGGUGUCUGCCAUUACUUCUCAUGUAGAUUCGACUUUACCUCCCCCUGAUAACAUCUCAUCUACAUUCCAACUGGAGAAUGGUUGCUCUGGAGUUUUUGUGAUGGUAGUAUCAUCAAGGACACCAAAAAUACUUUGGCGAGUUGUGGGUUUGAAAGGAACUGUUCAAAUUGAGCGAGGAAACAAGGAUGGAAAGCACGGAUACACGGUUAUUCAUUAUACGGCUGAUGGGAAAAGCCAGAGCUUCUUCCACCCAUUUUGUGGAGUUAAUGAAGAACUGAAGACUUUUCUCUCUGAUAUUUCUCAGGCUAAUCUUAAGAAGGAUGGUAGCCACGAAGUUGAGCAUCGCUUGUCAUACGCUGAAGGUGCGAGAGAUGUUGCUAUUUUGGAUGCAAUGCUUGAAUCUGGAAAGAGGCAAGGUGCUCCUGUCCAAGUAAAGAGAUUUUAGUCCAUAGGCGCAUGUAAAGGACAUGAUAUUGAUUUUUGCCUAAUGACAUGAAAGCUUAAGAAACAUCUUUAGGUCAUUAGUUGCCGGAGACUAUAAUCAUUCAAUUAAGAGAAAUUGUUUCAAACAAAAAACUCUGUGUAUCAAAAUCAUUGUCCCAUUUGUUGUACUGGGAUGGAGGGAGUAAAUAAGAAGGAAAACGAAUGACGAGUAUAAUGAAUAAUUCCCCAUAGGGAAGGCAAAAGAUAUCAUACGGACUGAUGCAAGUGGAGAGAAUGCAGGAUAUAGAGAAACUGAAUUGGUCAAAAAGCAACAUUAAAUUCCUUAUAGCUGUGGUUCCUUUUGUUUUUGUUUUUGUUUUUAAAAUAAUUUUACACUUGUUCCCUUCUUUCUUAGUCAAAUUAUGUCAUUUUAGUGUUCCCA